AUGACCAUCCUCCGCUCCAAAUCAUGGGUCGACAUCCCCAACGACACAUCAAUUUCCGAAUUGAUGCUCCAGAAUGUGUCCAACACACCUCUCAAUAAGAUCAUUUACGAAGACGCGUUGACCGGAAAAACCACGACCUACGGCGCAUUCCAGGAACACGUCCAACGAGCUGCCUACUGGCUCCGUCACACCAUAGGCUUCAAGCCAGGCCAGACACUUUCAAUAAGCUCCCCAAGCUCAACGGAGUAUAUCGUGGUCGUGCAUGCGGUCUGGUGGCUUGGUGGAGUCGCAAGUCUCGUGAACAACUCCCUCCAUCAAUCAGAAAUCGCUCAUGCGCUUGAUUUGAUAAAUCCCAAUUUCCUCGUGGUACAUGACUCAGUAUUCGAAAAAGCCUCCGAGAGCCUAAAGCUUUGCGAAAAACACCACGACAUCCGCGUCUUGACUCUUGGGAAGCGAAGCGCCCAAUGGACCGCGUUUCCUGCGGUAUCACUCCCCGCCGCGCACCCGAAAAUCGGCAAGCCGUACUCGCUGAAGGGAAAAGAUGCCCGCAAACACCUCGCCGGUAUUCUUCUUUCAAGCGGCACAACCGGGCGGCCUAAGGCUGUGAUGCUAUCGCAUUACAAUCUGGUGGCUGCUAUCCAUCAACUUCGAGGCGAUAAUCCGGAUAAUUGGAGAGGCAGCCAAAGAGAGAUCUUCUUUCCGCCACUGUCCCACGUCUACGCACUUUAUGUGUGCAUUACUGGUUGUUUUUGGCUCGGCGCAUACGUCUGUCUGAUGCCACGAUUUGACCUGGAGCUGUAUUGCCGCCUCAUGCAAGAUCGAAACGCUACUCUAGCAAGACUCGUGCCGCCUAUUGCUAAAAUGCUGGCGGAAAACCCGGUUGUGCGGAAGUACUCGUACCCAUCUUUAGAAUACUUCUCUUGCUCCGCGGCGCCGUUGACGGCAGAGACCGCUGAGAAGCUUUCAAAGGCAUUUCCACAUGUGGCCCUAUGUCAAACAUACGGGUGCACCGAACUCUCCGGUCCCUGUGUCCAGAGUGGCGUUCGCGACAAAACAAUGGCUCUCGGAGCAAGUGGAAAAUUGAUUGCAAAUACAGAGAUGAGAUUUCUGGAUCUUGAUUGCAAGGAUGUGGGCGCAAGUGGGCCCGGCGAGAUUACCGUCCGAGGUCCAAACGUUUUUAUGUGGGUGCCUAUAUGCAACCCGUUCUGUGUAAAGAGAAGGGGCUACAAAGAUGACGAAUUGACGACGCAAGAAUCGAUGAUUGACGGAGAUUGGUUACGGACUGGCGAUCUAGGGUAUAUCGACAAAGACGGGUUCCUUGUCCUUUACGAUCGGCUCAAAGAUAUCAUCAAGUACAAAGGGUUUCAAGUCUCGCCGUUGGAGUUAGAGGAUAUAGCCCAUCGGCACCCACUCGUUGACGAAGUUGCUAUAUGCGGAGUUUGGAGUGAAUCUGAAGCUACCGAGCUACCUCGAGCAUAUGUUGUACUCAAGAAGGAGGUCGAAAAGUCACCAACGCAUCUGUCGCGGCAUGCAGAAUCGAUUUCGAACUUUGUCUCCGAGAAAGUGUCCACGUACAAGCAGCUGCGCGGUAUCGUGUUCGUAGAUGACUUACCAAAGAACCCGACCGGCAAGAUAUUGAGGCGAGUGCUUCGAAUGGAGAGAGAAAAGUAUGAAAAUGGGCCGAUCCGGGCGAAGCUUUAG